GUCUCAGAUGAUUGGUCCAACUGACCCAUUGGUUGCAAUGACAGGUGAUAACAUCAUUUUACCAUGCCAGCUAGAUCCAGCUAGGGAUGCUGUUGACUUGACUGUGGAAUGGUCUAGACGUGACCUUAAACCAAGAUUUGUCCAUUUAAAGCGGGACGAUGCGGAGCUCGUGACUCAGAAUACUUUAUACUCCAGAAGAACAUCACUGUCUGUCAACAAACUGAAAUGUGGUGACAUUUCAUUGAAACUCUCCAAAGUGCAAGUGUCUGAUGCAGGAAUGUAUAACUGCCUUGUUCCUGAAAUUGGUGCAGAAACUGGGAUGGAGCUUGUUGUUGGUUCUGUUUCUUCUGUAGUCAUGGAGAUAUCCAAAGUCAAAAAUGAAAUAUUCUUUAAAUGCAAAUCUAACGGCUGGUAUCCAGAGCCUCACGUGAUUUGGCUGAACAGUCAGGGAAACCAAAUCACAGCUGAAUCUACAAACAGUGCCAAAGGUUCUGAUGGCCUCUAUACUGUCAGCAGCACUGUGACUGUGAACAAGAGACAGACCUACAGUCUCACCUGCAGAGUCCAACAGAAGAACAUCAACCAGACUGAAGAAGCACAUAUCCAUGUAUCAGGUGAUUUCUACUUGGUCCAGUGUAAUCCUGCUGUUCCGAUUACUAUCAACCUAGCUGUUUGCUUAAUAUUGAUUGGUACAACAGUAUUACUAAUAUGGAAAUGCGGACAAAACAAAACCAAAAUCAGCAAACAUGAUGAGGAUGAAAACAAACAACAUCAAACAGAGAAGGAGGGAAAAUUACAGAGAGAAUGUGAGGAAAAGAAAAGACUUGAAGAGGAGUUGCAGAUCAAUGAGGAAGAUUUAAAACAUGUCAGACAAACCAUUGAAAAAGUGAUGGAGCAGAAGACAUUUCUGAAGAACCAGAGAGAAAAACUCCACAAACUACUGCAGGAGGACAAGGCAGGGAUGAAAGAGGUCAUGAAAAAAGAGAAAGAAAUCCCAAUACUUGACAAAGAGAAAAAAAUGAAUAAGCUUGUAGAUAAAAAAACUGACCUGGGAAAGAGAAUAGAAGUACAUGAUGAACUGUUAAAGAUGACAGAAGAGCUAAUGGAGGGAACAGAGAACAUUAUAAUCCAAAUGACGGAAAGAAAGGGAAAGCUAGAAAUAGACAAGGAACAAAUUAUUAAACGCUUGAGAGAGAAACAAAAACAUGAAAGAGAUUAAGAAGAAACUGUCAGAGAAACAAGCGAGAAACAAUGAACAGGAAAGGACAGAGUAACACGACAAACAAAACAUGGAUUUUGCUGUUUUUUUUUCUCUUGCUGUCAUUUUGCAAUGUGAUGCCUAAUGUUUCUUUAUUUGUUUGCUUUAAAUUUAUACUAUAUACAUUUAAACAAUCAAUCAAUCAAUCAAUCAAUCAAGGCUUUAUUCGCCACAUGCAGUGAAAUGGGA